AUGAGAUCGGCAUUACCAAACGGAGGAUCUGAUCCAUUCACUCAGAUGGGAGGAAGCGGAUUCACGGCUCCUAGUGCAUCGACCUACCAAAACUUCACUAAUAGUUCACUUUUCAAGGAGGAUAUCCGCAGCAGUGGAGAGAAGUCAAACGACAUGGACUUUGUUAGAGGAGUCUUAGAGGAAGACGUAGGACGGAGAAACUCAUCAGUAUUUUCUCAUUUCUAUCGACCAAACCUUGAAACAAAUGCAGAUAUCAUUCACAUCAAGAUGUUGCGGAACAACACUUUUGUCACGGUCACAGAUUCCAAAGGAAACGUGAAAUGCAAGGCCACAUCCGGUAGUUUACCCGAUCUGAAAGGUGGAAGAAAGAUGUCGAAUUACACAGCUGAUGCAACCGCUGAGAACAUUGGGAGAAGAGCCAAAGCUAUGGGGUUGAAAUCUGUGGUGGUUAAGGUGAAUGGAUUUACACAUUUCAAGAAGAAGCGAAAAGCCAUUGUCGCAUUUAGAGACGGUUUCACCAACUCUAGGUCGGAUUUGAACCCUAUAGUGUACAUCGAAGACACGACUAGGAAAGCUCAUAAUGGUUGCAGAUUGCCGAGGAAACGUCGGGUCUGA